AUGGCACCAAGUGUCGCAUUAGUUAAAGUCGCCUCCAAUACAGUUCUACCUAUAAGAAUCUUUAUCAAUAGGAAACAACUACUACAAAACAAUUCUAAGGAUACAGUUUUCCAUGCACCACUACUUUCGAACAAUUCUAUUGUCUGCAUUAAAUCACCAUCCACUAGAAUAUACCUUUCCAACCAUGAUAUGCAGAACUUAACCAAUGAUAUUGAAACAGAGAUUUUACUUAUCGUACAUGAAUUGACCUCACCAGAAUUGAUGCAGGAUGUACUGAGAAAGAUUAAGAUUGGUCAAUCAAUGGACUGGCAGAAAGAUGUUAUGCCUAGAAUCUUCCCCAGUGAAACUGAACCGCUAGUGGUUUCCCACAUUCAGUCGAUCACAAGAAUCGCUAAAUUCAAAUACAAAUUACAUUUUAAACACAACUGGGAGCUAAACAUCUUUAUCGAUAACAUUAGAGCACUAACUCAUAUUAGAGCUUACCUGAUGUUUAAAAAUGAUUUGUCCAUAAUCCCUCCAGUGGUAGGAUUACACUCCAAAUCCAAGCUCUUACUACAUGAACAGAUGGAAACAGAGAAACCACCUCAAGUGCUACAAGAAGAUGAUGAACCUUCUAUUCCAAAUUACGAUGAAGCUGCAGAAAUCCAAGAAGAGCAGAAACCGGAGUUGAAGUUUAAAUACAGUCCAGUGGUAAGCCUAGGCGAAUGCAUUAAUGUGCAUGUCCUACAAAGACCACAGAGAAACAAGAGAACUCAGCCAACAUCAUCCUAG